AUGCCUAACAAGAGGAGAUAUGACUGUACGCCUAACAAGGGGAGAUACGACUGUGUGCCUAACAAGAGGAAAUACGACUGUACGCCUAACAAGAGGAGAUACGACUGUAUGCCUAACAAGAGUAGAUACGACUGUACACCUAACAAGAGGAGGUACGACUGUAUGCCUAACAAGAGGAGAUACGAAUGUAUGCCGAACAAGAGGAGAUACGACUGUAUGCCUAACAAGAGGAGAUACGACUGUACGCCUAACAAGAGGAGAUACGACUGUAUGCCGAACAAGAGGAGAUACGACUGUAUGCCUAACAAGAGGAGAUACGACUGUAUGCCUAACAAGAGGAUAUACGACUGUACGCCUAACAAGAGGAGAUACGACUGUACGCUUAACAAGAAGAGAUACCACUGUAUGCCUAACAAGAGGAGAUAUGACUGUAUGCCUAACAAGAGGAGAUACGACUGUAUGCCUAACAAGAGGAGAUAUGAAUGUAUGCCUAACAAGGGGAUAUACGACUGUAUGCCUAACAAGAGGAGAUACGACUGUACGCCUAACAAGAGGAGAUACGAAUGUAUGCCUAACAAGGGGAUAUACGACUGUGUGUCUAACAAGGGGAUAUACGGCUGUAUGCCUAACAAGGGGAUAUACGACUGUACGCCUAACAAGAGGAGAUACCACUGUAAGCCUGGCGGAAGGCGUUACCACUAG